AUGUUGAACACUUUGUCAUUGUACAAACCCUUGUUGCAUGGCCUGAUGAAGCUAGCUGGGGUGAGACCCCAAGCAGUAGAGAUCGAGCCAGGGACGGUCAUCAAUUUCUGGCUCCCAACUGAAACCACCACCAAGAAUAGACCUGCCGUUGUGUUUCUUCAUGGUUUUGGUUUUGAUGGGAUUCUGACAUGGCAAUUUCAGGUGCUAGCUUUGGCCAAGAAGAAGCUUGGCGUGGAGAAGUGCACCUUGGUUGGAUUGAGCUAUGGAGGGAUGAUUGGGUUCAAGAUGGCUGAGAUGUUCCCUAAUCUGGUUGAUUCAAUGGUGAUAACUUGUUCGGUGAUGGCCUUGACUGAGUCCAUCAGUCGUGCUGGCCUGCAAAGAAUCGGCUUCUCAUCAUGGGCAGAAUAUUUGAGUCCUGAAACUGUCAAGGGUGUGAAGAAACUGCUAGACGUUGCUUUCUACAAGUUGCCGUGGGCCUUGUACUUUGACCACAGGAAGGAGAGACAUGAACUUUUAGACGCGUUAAUUGUAAAGGAUAAGGAUUUCACUGUCCCUCAUUUUACACAGAGGUUUCAUCUUUUGUGGGGAGGGGAUGACAUAAUUUUCGACACGGAAGAAGUUCGUAAUCUGAAAGAGCUGCUAGAAGGCAAAGCAACGCUGCAUUGCAUACAGAGGGCAGGUCACUUGCCGGAAUUGGAGCGGCCCUUUGUCUACAAUAGGCAACUCAAGAACAUUCUUGCUUCUUGGUAUGAAGAUGAGCAGGGAAAUUAA